CUACUGCAAGUUUAAUUGAAUGUAACGCGUUAAUGUGUGUGAGCCCUACUAAAUAUAUAAACAUAAACCCCAUUUAGCCUACGUAUCAUCUGUCACUGGUAGGGCAGACCUGAUUUAUUGGGGGGUACAAUCAGCUGCAAGGAAGGUGUAAAAAUCAAAAGGUAAUUUGCUUUACUAAGGGGAAACAAGUCUGCCUAACCAUGAAUCCUAAUUUCAUCAGAAUUUCACUUUUGCUUCUUACAACAGAUCUAUGCUUUGGGAACAUCAUCGAUGUCCGUGUGUACGGUACCCAUGGGAAGAACACGACGUUCACGACAACGAUCAAACCAACGAGCGACCCCUUCUUCUCUGUUUCCUGGGCCGUGAACGGAUCUUUCAUAAUCACCUCGACCAUUUCCAACACCAUAGUCGAGCCAAAGUAUGCGGACAGGACAACCUUGUUCAGAGAAACUGGCUCUCUGGAGCUCAGAAACCUGACCAAUGAGGACUCCGGGGAGUACACUGUAACCAUCAUACCGGCCUCAGGACAUUUAAUAUCAGGAGCCGCCGUGCUGGAGGUGCAGUCCAAAAUCCCAACCCCGACCGUCACCUGUCCCCCAUCCACAGAGGGGAUGAGUGAGGUCACGUUCUUGUGUGAUGAUGGAGACACCAGCAAUGCCAAACAGUGGACAAGAGAUGACCAACCACUGUUGCCGAGUGAUAGAAUUGCAUUUCUAGAAAACAAUAGAAUAUUGAUGCUCAAAGGUGUGAACAGAACGGACACUGCAGAAUACCGCUGCAAUGUCAGCAAUUUGUCCGACCACGAAGUCGGCACAUGCCAACUCACAGUUUAUUACGGCCCAGACACUCCCACCGUGCAACAGCAUCCCAAUCCGGCCGUAGAGGAAGAGCGACUCACCCUGAGCUGUGCUUCUGACUCCCUGCCCCCGGCUGCCUUCACCUGGGAGUUCCAACGCCGCCCCCUGGUCCCCGGUCCUCAGCAUGUUAUAGCCGAGCUGGACGAGGACCACCUGGGGAACUACACCUGCACCGCCCGCAAUGACCUCACAGGGCUGGUAGUGUCCACGGUCCACACGCUCAACGCUGCAUCAUGCAAUCACGGUAACAGCAAUGAAUGUAGGUGCAUUUCCGCCCUGACAAAUGUAUGUAUAUGUAUAUGCUCAAUCAACAUGAAGAGACCUCAGCUUCUAUGUAUCAAUGUGUUCAUGUUGGCAGCAUUGGCCCUCUGUCCUGGGCAGGCAGCCCUAGGAGCGGGCUCCCUAACUGGAGUAACUGGAGGAAGGACGACUUUUGAGACCAACCUCAGUUUGACGGACCAAAACACGACUGGCCCUCCGUUCAGGUCCAUCGUUUGGCUGUUCAACCUGAACAACAUCGUGUUGUACACUCCCGCAGGCAGUCUGGUAUCCCCUGCGUAUAGGAAGAGGAUCAGUCUGAACACCACCAGUGGAUGGCUGGACCUGUGGGAUUUGACCGUGGGGGACAGCGGUGCCUACACCGUGGACAUCACCACACACACAGACCAGCAGCUCAAUGGAAGCACUGGUCUCAAUGUGUACGAGCGAGUCUCCAGUGUAUCAGUCACUCCCAACACCACAGAGCUGCUGGAGUUCAACAGCUCUGUGAGGAUCUCCUGCCACGUCUCCACCGGCACCUCCCUGUCCUACCUGUGGAUGAAUGGCAGCUCUGAGAUCACUGUAUCAAGUGACAGGGUGCAGGUCGGCGACGGAGGCACCAGCCUCACCAUACUCAACGUGACACGCUACGACCGGGGGCCGUACACCUGUAAUGUCUCCAACCCGGUCAGCAAUGAUGUGGGCCGGCCGCUGACUCUGACCAUUGGUUAUGGGCCUGAGCGACUUGCCAUCAUAGGUCCAAGUCUAGUGGAGUUUGGGGAGGUGACGGUGCUCUACUGUUCGGCUAUGUCUGUGCCUCCUCCUUCCUACACCUGGAGCCUUAAUGGUGUCCACACCACCGUCCAGGGGCCGGUCUACGUUAUAGCAUCAGUCAACAGCUCUGACUAUGGGAAGUACACCUGCACUGCUGUCAAUACUCUUACCGACCUCAGCCAAGCUGCUGACCAUGUGGUCUCCCUGAAAGAGAAUCGCUGUUCGGCUGCCAUAGCAACGACUGCCGCUGUAAUGGCCGCGUGUUUAGUGGCUGUAGCAGCUGGGGUUGGAGUCGUCGUGGGUGUGAUAGCGAGGAGGGUCUAUAAAAAAUCUAGUUAUGAAAUCACAGAAUUAUAAAGUAACUAAAAAGUGGAGUAACAACAAACAUGGAUUUCAAAACUUUAAUGGAUAAUUGUUGUAUGAAUAGUAUGUAAUAAUUUAGAAAAUGAAAAAAAGUAUAUUUCCUUCAAAAACAGAAUGUACUUUGAUAUUGUCCCUAUCCUUUAUCAAUCUUGGUGCUUGUGUUGGCUUUUGUAUAUUUUAUUGGUGUUCUGAGUUAUUGUUAUUGCUGUUGGGACACUUUCACAUAGCAGCAAUAAUAAUAAAGAAAAUUAAAGGUUAAAAAGUUAAAGGUUUAUGCUGGUUCAUGGUGCCAUAUACUGAAUAGCUGGUCAUCUGGAAAUUACAGCUAAUAACUUAUUCAUAGCCUCGUUAAAUUGUUAGAUAACGUACUGAAGCCAAAUUAACAUAAUAUUGUCUGAAGGUACAAACCCUGGCCUCUGUUGCCCCCUAUUGGUCUCAAAUAUUCCCUGCAUGUCAAUUUUGUUCCGUCCUUAAAUCAUGUUUUAAGGUUAAAUGUUUAGGAUUUAGUGACCUCUACCAGAAUGGAUUUGGCAGAGAUGGAAUAUAAUAUUUAUAAGUAUGUUUUGUUAGGGUAUAAUUCCAUGAAAUUUGAAUAGUUUUCGUUACCUUACAAUGAGCCCUAUUUAUCUUCAUACGGGGGGUCCUCUUCCACAGAGCCCACAAUGAUGCAACGCCAUGUUUCUAUAGUAGCCCAUAAUGGACAAACGGCUCUAGAGAAGACUUUUUUUUUUAAUGAUAAUCACCCUGCCUUCUUACUUGUAAUCUUAUACAGGCUAGCUUACACUAACUUACUACACUAACUUACAAACUUAUUUAAGAUCAGAUCAACAGUCUCUCUGGUACCCACGUCGGAACUCCAACCCGACCUAAAGGAACUUAGGUUAGGUAAAUAAAAAAUAUAUCAAGGGACAUCAACACUUGGAGCUUUGCUACUCUUUUCAUAAUUUUGGAACAUUACAGGCCAACGUAGCUUCUCCUAAGUCGAUGGAAAGGGAGAUGUGUUUGAGGGGGAGGGGUAUUCAGUUGAUUGCAAUCUUCAAUAUGAUACGGUUCCAGUAAAUGUCAUAGUCUACACGCAAUGCCGCCACACCGCCAGACAUCACCCAAAAACAUUCCUUCCUAGUCAACAGCCAGUGCCUUACUGAUCCGUAUUUGUGCAAAUGUUACUCAGGGUUGGGGCAACAGAUAACAGUUAAACUGUCUGUUUACAGUAGUCCAUUGUUAUCUGUGAGUUUAACUCAUCUCAAAUAAAAAUGUAACAGAUCCAUCCUCCUUAUUGACCCACUGACGGGUGAAACUGCUUGUGUAUGCCAGGAGUUCAACAGGAACAAGGGACUCCAGCCAAUCAGGACCCUUUAUUCUACACUGUUGUGUUUGCCGAUUGGUGGACACGUUUAUGCAGAGCCUCUCACACAAUACUUUGACGCAAACAUUCGUAUCAUAGGUGGGCCCCAGUGGGAACCAGACGCCAGUGUUAAUGCCUUGUCCAGGGAAUCAUAUAAUUCAGCUUGGCCAAAUGGUAAGGCUAUGCCCAGGGUGUUGAACCCCUAACCCUAGUAGUGUUAAAGCUAGGCCCAGGGUAUUGAACCAAUAACCCUAGUGUUAAAUCUAUGGCCAGGGCAUUGAACCCUUACCCUGGUAUUUUAAUGCUAUACCCAGGGAAUCUAACCCAAAACAAGCAGUGUUAAUGCCUUGCCCGGGGACUCAAAACACCCCUCACCAAGGCAGAGUAAGUGCAAAUGUAAACGUCCUGAGUGACACUGGUAUGGAUGUCUUUAUUGGAUGUCUUUAUUGUUUUACAUGAAAAAAAACACUUCACUAUAGCUAUCACUAUGAGAUAGGUCCACACAACGUCUGUUGUUCCAGAAGCAUGUGUGAAGUGCACACGUGAGGAUGGGCAGGCCUGGUUCCAGCGUCCUGCCCUCGGAGGCCGCGGCGGCGCAUGACCUGGGCCUGAAGGCGCGGAGUCUGCUGGAUGUGUGGAGUGCUUCCGGGCUGACAUUCAAGCUCUUUGAUCCACCCUCAUCUGGAAUGCCACGGUCGGCUGCUUCUGUUUAAGCAAAGCACUUUAAAAAGGGUCCAUACCUAGUCACUUAAAAGCAUCAUAAAUUGAACACACAAUAUCCUUUGGAAAGAACUGGCCCACGCAUGAUACGGCUCAAUUCAAACAAGAUCUUUAUACUUCAGUUAACUGGCAUCUUUACUAGCACUUUAGCCUCUGUGUGAAUAAAGGUUGUGGGCUUUGGUUUCAGUAGUUUUGGCCGAUGAAUCACAUCAUACCUUCAAUGUGAUUAGGAGACAAACUCCUGGUCAUUCAUUUAAAAGACAUUCAUCUAGUCUAAUUAAAUAAACUGAAAUAACUUA